AACACUGUGAGCAACAUCCCAUAGGUUGCAAGUGUGUGUGUUUGUUGCCGACCUCUGGUUGUACCGUGACACAUAGCGGAAUGGCGGGCAGCAGGUUGGAGAAGUUUGGAACUGUUUUCACCCGGGUUCGAGAUCUGAUGCGCUCUGGAGUCAUUCAGCCAGCAGAGAAACCCAUCUGGUAUGAUGUAUUCCAGGCUUUUCCACCAAAGAGGGACCCACUUCACGUGAAGCCACGCACCAGAGCCAGCUCCAAGAAACAGGAAACGGUGCCUGAUAUCUUCUACAGAGAGGAUGAAAUCAGAGCGAAGUUCUAUGAGCAGUAUGGGGUAGGUCCUCGGCCUCUUGACCUCACCAAAUCAACCUUUGUUUCUACGUGUCAGAGAUUUGUAGACAAAUACACAGAGUUACAGAGCCACCGCGAGCUGGAAGAGUCUGCUCUGUUUGAGGAGACUGGCAAGGCUUUACUCUCAGAGGGCAUCGUGUUGAGGAGGAGAGGAGCGCCACCUGUGUCAGCAGAGUCCAAGGAUCCUGUGCUCAAGCUGAGGCUAACAGACAUGUUGGCUGAGCAGCAGUCAGUAGGUUUGCACAACAAGGAGACAAUGGAUGACCCAAAACAAACACAGCCCAUAGACCCCAGCAACUCAAACACCAUUGGAUGAGCUGCAAAUUCUCCCACACAAAGAAUUUAUGUGUGAGUGACUCGAGAAGCUGUGUUGGACUUUAUUACAACCACCACUUGUCAGGGAUCUCAACCAAGGUCAGGAACUGCUCUCUGGAACUGCUGUCCUAACUGGCUGAGUGCAACCUCCUUGUUUCCUCGGCUGAUGCCAUUUAGAUUAGAAUUAUUUCAGCAUCAACUAACAUACUGUUGUCAUUAAAGGGUUUUAAUUUCAGUAGAGGAUGGAGUCAGAAAAACUUUAAAUCGUCAAUACAUGCUAAAACUGUGUUAAAUACUGAAUGUGUGUAUAUAUAUAAUCGUCCAAUUCAACAAGAACCUCAAAUAAUUAUAAAUACAGACACACCUACAAAAUGCAGCCUGAAUAAAGUGAUUUCAUCUUACAAAUACAGUACCGUUCAAAAGUUUGGGGGGCACCUAGAAAUUUUCUUAUUUUUCAAGAGAAAAGCACUGUUUUUUUCAAAGAAGAAUACAUUUAAUUAAUAAGAAAUACACUCUAUACAUUGUUAAUGUGGUAAAUGACUAUUCUAAGUGGAAACGUCUGGUUUUUAAUGAAAUAUCUACAUAGGUGUAUAGAGGCCCAUUUCCAGCAACUAUCACUCCAGUGGUCUAAUGGUACAUUGUGUUUGCUUAUCGCCUUAGAAGACACAUGGAUGAUUAGAAAACCCUUGUGCAAUUAUGUUAGCACAGCUGAAAACUGUUUAGCUGGUGAGAGAAGCUAUAAAACUGGCCUUCCUUUGAGCUAGUUGAGUAUCUGGAGCAUCACAUUUGUGGGUUUGAUUAUACUCUCAAAAUGACCAGAAAAAGAGAACUUUCAUGUGAAACUCGCCAGUCUAUUCUUGUUCUUAGAAAUGAAGGCUAUUCCAUGUGAGAAAUUGUGAAGAAACUGAACAUUUCCUACAACGGUAUGUACUACUCCCUUCAGAGAACAGCACCAACGGGCUCUAACCAGAGUAGAAAGAGAAGUGGGAGGCCCAGCUGCACAACUCAGCAAGAAGACAAGUAUAUUAGACUCUCUAGUUUGAGAAAUAGAUGCCUCACAGGUCCUCAACUGGCACCUUCUAUAAAUGGUAUCCGCAAACCGCCAGUAUCAACAUCUACAGUGAAGAGGCCACUCCUGGAUGCUGGCCUUUUAGGCAGUGGCAAAGAAAAAGCCAUAUCAGACUGGCCAAUAAAAAGAAAAGAUUGAUAUGGGGAAAAGAACACAGACAUUGGACAGAGGAUGAUUGGAAAAAAGUGUUUUGGACAGACGAAUCAGUUUGAGGUGUUUGCAUCACACAAAAGAACAUUUGUGAGAUGCAGGACAGGUGAAAAGAUGCUGGAAGAGUGCCUGAUGCCAUCUGUCAAGCAUGGUGGAGGUAAUGUGAUGGUCUGGGGCUGCUUUGGUGCUGGUAAAGUGGGAGAUUUGUACAAGGUAAAGGAUUUUAAAUAAGGAAGGCUAUCACUCCAUUUUGCAACGCCAUGCCAUACCCUGUGGACAGCGCUUGAUUUGAGCCAAUUUCCUCCUACAACAGGACAAUGACCCAAAGCACACCUCCAAAUUAUGCAAGAACUAUUUAGGGAAGAAGCAGGCAGCUGGUGUGCUGUCUGUUAUGGAGUGGCCAGCGCAGUCACCAGAUACAACCCCAUUGAGCUGUUGUGGGAGCAGCUUGACCGUAUGGUACGCAAGAAGAGCCCAUCAAGCCAAUCCAACUUGUAGGAGGUGCUUCAGGAAGCGUAGGGUGAAAUUUCUACAGAUUACCUCAACAAAUUAACAGCUAGAAUGCCAAAGGUCUGCAAUGCUGUUAUUGCUGCAAAUUGAGCAUUCUUUGAGGAAAGCAAAGUUUGAAGAACAAAAUUAUAUCAUAUAAAAAUCAUUAUUUCUAACCUUGUCAAUGUUUUGACUAUAUUUUCUAUUCAUUUUGCAACUCAUUUGAUAUAUAAAAGUGUGAGUUUUCAUGGAAAACACGAAAUUGUCUGGGUGACCCCAAACUUUUGAACGGUAGUGUAAGUAAUUUUGAUUCCCUUAAAAUUUAAUGUUGCUUCAUUUCUGAUCUGUUACCAUUGAUGAGUCAAUACUGGACAGGGAAAUAUGAUUUCUUCGUCAACAUUGUAGCAGGCUAGGAUUAAUACAUCAACCUGGAAGUCAAAAAGGCGCACCUUAUAAAAUUGUCUGAAGACAAGAGAAUUACUUAAUUGCACAGGAAAGAUGAAGGGUAAAAGGACUAGCAAAUUGUUCCUGGAUGACUUCAAUUCGAUUUAGUGCCUUUCUCUGUCCCAAGGGACAUCUUGACAUUAAUUGAUAUUGCACUGCAUUUAACCUGCGCUGUACCUGGUCAUUCCUCAUAGACAUGCUGCACCCUCUGGUAGUACCUUUGUUGAGAAGGAUUCAUACUGUGGCAGGAUAAUUCAAUUUUAUUUGAAGAGCCAAAUCAUAAUAUAAAUGAUCUCUCAAUGAUUGAUGUCACACAAUGUUAAAGCCCCAUGAGACGAAUUGUUAUUUGUGAAUGUGGGCUAUACAAAUAAAACUUGAUUGAUUGAU